AAUCGGAAAAAUAUGCCGAUCAAAAAGCCGAUCACGUGACGCAAAUGACAAGCGACCAAUGUGUUGCGAGGUUGCGACCAUGCGACAGAACCUAUACUGGCAAAAAUCUACAGUGCAUCUCGUUUCGACAACAUGACCUCUACUGUCUGGAAUUUCUUCAAAGUGUGUGAGGAAGAUGUGAAAUUUGCCGUGUGCAAUGUAUGCAAAGACAAGGUCUCUCGAGGUGGAAGUAUACCUCGUCAGUUGAACACUAAAUCUCAUGAGACAUCUACGUCGGUUCCAUUCAACUGAAUAUGCCGAGUUUGAGAACCUCAACAAGCCCAAGGCAACAGGUUCAUCCCCAUCCCUUAGUCAGCCGACUGUUAGUGAAAGUUUACAAUGACGUGAACCAUAUAGCAGGGACAGUAAGAAGUGGAAAGACAUCACGACAAAGAUAACGGAGUUCAUUUGCCUUGGCGAACAACCAAUGUCUCUUGUAGAGGAUAAAGCAUUCCGUAGCCUGAUAACCUGCCUCGAUCCUCGUUACGACGCACCAGGCAGGAAAUAUCUAACUGACGUAUGUCUCCCUCAGUUGUACCAAAUUGUGUACAACCACAUUGAAAGCCUUCUGAAGGAUGAUGUAUCCAUUAGUUUCACCAGCGAUAUUUGGAGCGCAGAUUCCUGCCCAAUGUCCAUGCUCAGCUUAACAGCGCACUGUAUUGAUGCUAAAUUUGAGAGGCACAAUGUUGUUCUACACUGCCAGGAGUUCACGGGGUCUCACUCGGCGGAGGCUUUGGUUAAAGCGUAUCGUGGCAUGUUUCAGGCAUGGGGGAUCCAAAGUGAGCGAAUCCACGCCAUUCUGACUGACAACGCAAAAAAAUAUGCAAAAAGCAAUGAGAGACGCAGAUUUGCCGGGCCUGUCAUGUAUGGCUCACACCCUACAGUUGGCGGUACAUGAGGGAAUACUGUCCCAGCGCUCGAUUUCUGACAUUGCAGCGUCAGGAAGACGCAUUGUCGGACAUUUCAAGCACUCCCCCUUGGCAUACGGCAGACUGGAGGACUGUCAGAAGCAACUUGGCCAGCCAGUCAAAAAACUCCACCAAGAUGUAUCAACACGGUGGAACAGCACAUUCUAUAUGCUGCAAAGUCUUGUGGAGCAGAAGCUGGCCCUCGCGUCAUAUGCAGCGGAAUAUGAGUUGCCGUGCAGCUUCACAGUCCAUCAGUGGAAACUGAUCGAAAAUACAAUCACCAUCCUGGCCCCGUUUGAAGAGCUGACCAAAGAAAUCAGCUCCUCAUCUGCGUCCGCUGCGGACGUAAUCCCAUGCGUCAGAGCGCUCACUCGUCUACUGGAAAAAACAGUUGAGACGGAUCAUGGUGUCAAGACGGCGAAAUCAGUGCUACUGGAUGCUGUUCAGCGACGAUUCGCUGACAUCGAUGCACAGAAGUUGUACACAAUUGCUACAAUGCUGGACCCAAGGUACAAGGACCGGUAUUUCCCGGAGGCACUCAGACCAAGGUUCCAUGAACAGCUUCAAAACAUCCUCCAAACAACCAAUCAGCCGGAUCCCACUACAAGCACUGUGGAGCAACCCAGUUCCAGCAAAUCAACUGUCACAACCCCAUCUGCCUGCUCUUUGCAGGCAAUGUUUGAUGAGUUAGUUGAUGAGGUAGCAGGGCACAGUGAGGAGGAAAUUACCAUAAUAUCCCAGGUCAGCCAGUACAUGGCAGAGUCUGUACUGCAGCGCAGUUCAAACCCACUUGCCUACUGGCAGGUGAACGAAACCCGCUUCCCUGCACUUGCAAAGGCAGCAAGAGCAUAUCUUUGCUCACCAUGCACAAGUGUGGAUAGUGAGCGGCUGUUUAGCACAGCUGCAAACAUAAUUGAUGAGAAAAGAAGCCGUCUCACCCCACGAAAUGCAGAGAUGCUCAUAAUGAUCAAAAGAAACCUGCCAUUUAUUACUGGGCGCUGAGGUCGUAGUAGGGCUUUGUCAUAGCAGGCCCUGCAAGUUUUGGUUUUGUGGCCUAUUGUUUAUUUUUAACCAGUAUUUUUUUUUUUUUUUAAACCCUACAUUUUCAAGAAGCACAAGUUUAUGUUGUGAGUUUGUAGCUGCCUGCUUGGCCUUAUUUCUAUGUUCUUUUGAAUAAUGUUGAAUAAUGGCAAUUGGCCUUGGCAACAUUUAUUUUAUUUUUGGAUUAUCAUAAUAGAGAAGUGCCAGUUUUGGUUUUGCCAAUUACUUAAAUGUUUUCAUAGUAUUGAAAGGCUAUGUAAUAUGCCUAUGUUUCUCUUAAUUCAAUCCUAGUAAUAACAGGAGGUCCCCCUGACCCCUCUUUGUUUUAUGUCUCUGCUAUGUAUGGGACAGAUGUUCAGAAAUUCCUUUUAUUUCAUUUUACUUUUACAAAGACCACAAUAAAGGCAUUCUGUACAUUUCUAGGUUUUGACUGUUUCAGUUUUUUAGUCGUUUAAUUUCUGUGAAUGGUUCACUCUCUGCUAGAUGAAAGGCAGAGAAAUUUCCAAUUCCGUCUGGGAUCGGCAGUGAUCGGCAAUCGGGCAGAUCAUGAUUUCGGUGAUCGGUGAUCGGUGAUCGGACCAAAAAAUGCUGAUCGGAGCAC